AUGCGUGCUCGUCUAUAUUUGUAUGGAGAUGGAAAUGCACGUCGUAGUCAUAUGUCUUUAUUUUUCGUUUUAAUGCGUGGUCCGAAUGACUUCAUACUUCAAUUUCCCUUUAGUUAUAAAGUUACAUUUUGUCUAUUUGAUCAAAUUAAUCAGCAAAAUCAUAUCUUUGACUCAUUUCGUCCUGAUACGAAAUCUAACAGUUUUCAACGACCACGUUCGGAUAUGAAUAUCGCCAGUGGAAUUCCGAAAUUUGUUUCACUUAAUACAUUUGAAAAUCCUAAUAACCCGUAUGUUAAAGACGAUACAAUGUUUAUCAAAGUGAUGGUCGACUUUGAAAACAUGGCGAAGAACAUGUUACCAUACGUAUUAAGUUUGAAUCCUGCCUUACCAAUACAUACACAACAUCGGAUGAUACACCAAGAGAUUGAAAGAAAAGCACAGCAAUCGCAACUAACUUCUCAAGGUACUCCGACGAAUAGUGAAAGAAAAGUACCCGGUGACAAUUCGAAAAACCACUAG